UUCGUUAAUAAACGUUAAUAGUCUCUUUUUCGAUUUUCUCUAGCAUUUGAUUAUGCUAAAACUCCUUACUACAUACUCGCGCUUGAACUCGCUGGUUCUGCCAGCUCGACAAUUAGAGUUUGCAAUCGCAGCUCGUAGUCGAUUCCUUGUCAUUUUUAAUCGGAUAUAUACAACUAACAGCCAUGACUCGUCGGACAAGCAAAGCAAUCAGGAUGCAUCGGAGAAUGGUAAACGGAAAAGAGAUAACAGUGAUAGCUGUAACAGUUCUCCUCCUUCGAAGAAAAAAGAUACUAAACUUACGAAGCCAAAAACAGUUUCCAAAACUCCUUCGCCGGCUGCAAAGCCUCGUGCAAAACUAGGAAUUACUCCAAAAAGUAAAUCGAAUAAACUUUCACCUGGAGCAUCAAAAAAGACAGAAAAGAAAAAAUUAAAAGAUACAUCUGGUGAGAAGAAAAAAAAUGAAGCUAUAGAUAAUACUAUAGAAGAAAAAGUAAAAAGUAUUCAAGUGGAGAAUGACGCAGUUAAAAUUAAAAAUAAAGAGAAAAAGAUGAAAUCUGCUUUUUCAGAGACGAAGUCUGAGUCUAAUAAGACAGAAAAGGUGAAGAAAACUGUGAAAAAGAAACGGGCCAGGAUCAUCGAGCCUGUUGAUUCUAGUGAUGGUGAAGAUCAUUUACCUUUACCUGAAAGUCCAAAAAAAUUGGAAGUUGAGGAGGAGGAGAAAAAAAUUGAAAGCGCUGAGUCAAAUGAAAUAAAUAAAAAUGCUGUAGAAAAUAAUGGAGAUAAAAGUGCUUCAGACAAUGAAGAGAAAAAUGAAAACCCAAAGGAACCUACACCUGAGAAAAAAUUAAAAACUACUCCUAAGAAAAUGCACAGCUUUUUUACGUCCAAACUAAAAGACGAUGCAAAGGAUGACAAAACUAGCAAUGUAAAAAGCAGCAACCAAUCUUACAAUCCUAGUACAUCUGGCUAUCAUCCGAUAAAUGACGCGUGCUGGAAACGAGGAGAUAAAACUCCUUAUAGCGCAUUCACACGUACUUUGGAGAUCAUUGAGGAGACGAGUGCAAGAUUAAAAAUAAUAGAAAUAUUGUCGAAUUAUUUCCGAUCUGUCAUAGUCUUAAGUCCUGAGGAUCUCCUGCCAAGCGUUUAUCUGUGCCUUAAUCAAUUAGCGCCAGCAUACGAAGGAAUUGAGCUUGGAGUCGCUGAUACGAAUCUGAUGAAAGCAAUUGCGCAGUGUACUGGUAGAACUCUGGCACAAAUUAAAGCUGAUGUCCAAGAGGUUGGUGAUUUGGGAAUUGUGGCAGAAGGUAGCAGAUCUAAUCAAAGAACUAUGUUUCAACCGGCGCCGUUAACGGUUCCUAAUGUAUAUUCUAAGCUAAAGGAGAUCGCCGAGAUGACAGGACACGCGUCUCUGGCAAAAAAGUUAGAUAAGAUUCAGACGCUAUUUGUAGCGUGCCGUAAUACAGAAGCAAGGUACCUCAUCAGAUCAUUGGCCGGAAAACUUCGUAUAGGUUUGGCGGAACAAUCCGUUUUGCAAGCAUUAGCUUUAGCUUGCGCGAUGACACCACCAGAACAAAGCUAUCCACCAGAAGUUUUAAAUGCAAGUAAAAAAAUGACGAGUGAUCGUUUCAAAGAGAAGUACGAUGAAAUAGCACUCAUAUUGAAAACAACAUAUUGUGAAUGUCCAAAUUAUAAUCUUAUAAUUCCUGUUCUACUGGAAAAUGGUAUUAAUGCCUUGCCGAAUAAAUGUAAACUUACUCCUGGAAUACCUUUAAAACCUAUGUUGGCGCAUCCUACUAAAGGUGUUCAAGAAGUCCUAACAAGAUUCGAGGGUUUGAAAUAUACUUGCGAAUGGAAAUACGAUGGGGAAAGAGCACAAAUUCACGUUGCGCACAAUGGUCAAGUCAAUAUAUAUAGUAGAAAUCAGGAGAACAAUACCAGCAAGUAUCCAGAUAUUAUUAAGCGAUUCAAGAAUACUUGUGGUGAUCUGGUAAAAAAUUGCAUACUCGAUUGUGAAGCGGUUGCUUGGGAUAACGAGAAAAAACAAAUUUUACCAUUCCAAAUACUCAGCACAAGAAAGCGAAAAGAUGCUGUUGAGGAAGAUAUCAAAGUGCAAGUAUGCGUAUUUAUGUUUGAUUUGUUAUAUCUAAAUGAUGAACCAUUGGUAAAGGAACCAUUCUCAAAACGUCGUGAGUUGUUGAGGCAGCAUUUCAAGGAAGUGGAAGGUGAAUGGAAAUUUGCUAAUAGCAUGGAUACUACAACGAUAGAAGAAGUGCAGGUCUUCUUGGAUGAAUCUGUGAAGGGAAAUUGCGAGGGUCUGAUGGUAAAGACACUAGAAGAAGAAGCGACUUAUGAAAUUGCAAAACGAUCGAGAAAUUGGUUAAAGCUAAAAAAGGAUUAUUUGGAUGGCGUUGGUGAUACACUUGAUGUGGUUGUAAUUGGUGGUUAUAUCGGCAAAGGAAAGAGGACUGGCACUUAUGGUGGUUUUCUCUUGGCUUGUUACGAUCAGGAAAAUGAAGAAUACCAAAGCAUUUGUAAAAUCGGCACAGGCUUCAAAGAGGAAGAUCUUGAGAAUCAUACUAAAUUUUUCAAAGAUCAUAUAAUAGCGCAAGUCAAAUCAUACUACCGCUUCGAUAGCAGCCAUGAACCGGAUCACUGGUUUGAACCGAUACAAGUCUGGGAGAUCAAAUGUGCUGAUCUCUCGCUCUCACCUGUUCAUAGGGCAGCUAUCGGAAUAGUUGAUCCGGAGAAAGGAAUAUCUUUAAGAUUUCCCCGAUUCGUUAGGAUUCGCAUGGAUAAGACCUGCGAGCAGGCUACUUCCGCUCAGCAGGUGGCGGACAUGUACAAUAAUCAAGAACAGAUUAAAAAUAAAACUUCCACGAAAACCACAGAGGAAGAUUUUUAUUAAUUUUUUUUUUAUUUCACGAUACAU